AUGACGAACACAAAAGGUUAUCGCCGCGGUACGCGGUACAUGUUUGCUAGGAAGUUCAGAAAACAUGGAACCCUGCCCACGAGCGUUUACAUGCGCGUCUACAGGCGUGGAGAUAUCGUAGACAUUGUUGGUGAUGGUGGUGUUCAAAAGGGUAUGCCCCACAAGAGCUAUCAUGGGAAGACGGGUCGCGUUUUCAACGUUACCAAGCAUGCCGUUGGCGUGAUCGUUAAUAAGCGCGUUGGGAAUCGUAUCAUUGCUAAGCGCAUCAAUGUGCGCAUUGAGCAUGUUCGCCCCAGCAAGUGCCGGCUUGAGUUCCUUAAGCGAGUGAAGGAAAAUGAUGAAAAGCGGAAGUUGGCGAAGGAGAAAGGUGUUCAUUACAGCCUUAAGCGUGAACCCGUGGGACCCCGCCCUGCGCAUCUUGUGCGUACGCGUGCCCAGCCAGUUGUUACUCUCCAACCCCUUCCGUCUCCAGUUAUCAACGUAGGAACUCAGCGAUGGUGGCGUUGUCCGUCGCUGAGGGAUGCUCUCUUCGUUCUCGUCUCCAAUGAUGCUCGGUUGCUGAUCCCUGUUCACAAGAAGCUUUACCCCACAUACUGGUACGUGCAUGCAUCAAUGCUGAUGCGCGGCAUCUUGAACGGUGCAUGGAAUGGUUCGCAACAGAUGUGCCUGUAG